AUGCCCGUCGCCAUCAUGAACGGGACGAGCAUGCUCCCACAACCUUCAAGCAUACCGAGGAGCGCAUUCUUUCGCUCGCGCUCGCCACCAACAGCCAACAUGGGGCCCUCGAGCACAGCACCCGGAGGAUUGAGCUCGUCCAACAGCCUUGGUCAGCGCCUGCAGAACGCGGCGCGCCAGGGCUUCUCGAGCGUAACCGCUGGCACCUCCGGCGUCGGCGGCGCGCGCGUCCCGCCAGCACAACCCUCAGCACCUGGCUCAGCAUACCACGACGACACCGAGAUGCACACGCGCUCAGGACAGGCAUCCGGUCCUGCUGGACAUGCUGGGGGACCAAGCGCACAGGCAGCCGCUGGACGCGGCGCGCGCAACGGGCCUGGUGACCGUUUAGGCGGCGCCAGGGCGGGGCAGUCUCCGGCCGCCGCCAGCGGCGCCGCCGUCGCUCGAUGGGCGGACACGCACGGGCCAUCGUCGCAUGCCGCCACCAGUGCUCCAUCCUACAAGCCCUCGCGAUACGACGACAACGACUACGAAGAGCACUUUGCUACGUCUUCAUCUUCUCACCACCAAGAUUACGAUUCGGACCCGUUCGCACGACCGCUUCCGCCCACUCACGGCAACGGACGUUUCUUUGGUCGCCGCCCCAGCAACGACCUGCAGAGCGACCGCAGCGACCGCUACGGCACUGAACGCGACCUCUAUAGCAACAGCAGAGGUCCUUCGCCUGCCUCACACAUGGCUGCUGCCGUCUCGUACGCGCCGCCCCCACCCCCUAUCGACGACGACUUUCCAACCCCUCCAGCAGGAGGUGGUGACAGGUUCACUGCCUUGCCUCCUAUGCGCCUGAAGAAGAAGACUUCUAUGAACCGCAUCGAGGCCGUCACUAUAGCGCCGCGCGCGCUCCAGUCCCCACCGCCGCACGAGCGCAUCGACAUUUCCAAAAUCCCAGUCCACGACGAUCAUGAGAGUGCGAUGAGCGGGAGCGCGUCGAGCGGCGCGACAGCAUUUUCCACUGCUCACGCGAGCGCGUUCCGUCAACCUCUCAACAGCAGCACCAGCACCGCCAUGACGGCUGCGACUACUGCCAGCAGCAGCACUCUCGGCGGCGACGAGAUGCUCAUGGCUCUGCUUGCAAGUCAGGCUGCAGUGGACUGCGACGCGCUUCCCAUCGGCGCGUGGGACGAUGUCGAGUCGUGGAAAAAGGAACUGUCACUCCUCUCCACCCGCCUCGAGGCGCUGCAGGCGCGACACCAGCGCGAGGUCAAGAUCCUCACAGCCGCCCGUACACUGCAAAAGCUCAACCAGUCCAACAAGCGCAUGUCCAAGCAGACGAUGGACAGCCUUGAGCAGUCGGAAAAGCGUGUCCAGGCUGCCGAAAAGGAGGUCCUUGUUCUGCGCGACCGCGAGGCAGCACUGCGCAGGCAGCUCAUGGAGCACUGGGCGGGUGUCAUGGCAUGGGAAGUUCGGCGACUCGAGCGCUCCGCCUCCGAGGCCUCAGCACGGUACGAUACACAAGUGUCCGCAGUCGAGACUGCGCGGAACCGCUUGGCCGAGCUCGAGGAGAAUGCGCCGCAGUCCCAGGACCGCGAGCAAGAGUUUACCGACCGCGUCGGUGCGCUCGAGCGCGACCUUGCAACCGAGCGCGACCAAAGCCAGCGCCGAGUGGGACGUAUCUCGGAGCUGGAAGAGCUGGUGCUCGAGUUUGGACGACGAGAACGGGCGCUUGAGGACGACGCCAAGCGUGACAAUGACAAUCUCGCGGGUAUCGAGGAGGACCGCGAGCAAGAGCGUCAACAGUGGCAGCAGCAUCGAGACCAGUGGGACGCCGAGAGGGCUCGGUUGGUAGCGGAGCGUGAUGAGCUGCAUGCCCACCGAUCUCAACUCGAGUCUCAGACCCGCGACAUGGGUUCCAGCCGCGACGCAUGGGGUGCCGAACGCGAUCAGCUCAUCUCCGAGCGCGACCGACUGCACGCCGACCGCAUCGAGCUGGAAAACAUUACCCGCGAGCACGCUACUCAGCGCGAGACCUGGGUGACGCAGCACGACCAGCUAGUUGCCGAACACAACAAACUCAUGGCCGAGCGCAACGACCUUGUGGCCGAUCAGGAACGGCUCGAGUCGUCCUUGCGAGACCACGAAUCGUCAAAGGGUACAUGGACCACUGAGCGUGACAUGCUGCACGCCAAGACCGAGCGCCUCCAGGCCGACCUCGUCACUCUUGCGGCUGAGCGCGACGGGCUGCACACCGACGCCCAGAACAAUGCCGGCGGGUACGAGUCGGAGCGCUCGGCAUGGAUGGCCGAGCGCGACGCCUUGCUCAUGGAGAAGGAGCAGCUUUCGGCCGAGCGUGAUCUGCUCAGCGACGAGCGCACGCGUCUGACAGCUGCCGCAGAGAGCACAUCGACCCUCACACGCGGCACCACCGAACGCCUCAGCUCGACCCUGUCCGGCGUCCUGGGCCGCAACGUCUCGGAGGCCGGUGUCCUGCCUGCGCUCGAGGAGGUCGUUGCCAUUAUCGACCAGCGCGACAGCGAGGUCAACAGCCUCAAGGAGGAGCUCCGCGAGGUCAGCGAUGGCCUCGAGGAGGAGGUGCGCCGCGUCAAUGCCGACCGCGACAGGUGGAAGGCCAAGGCCGAGGACGCUGCCGUCUCCCAGCGCGGCGUGCAGACGGAAAUGACCGAGCUCGUUCGCAAGAUCCGCGCGCAGAAUGACCAGGUCAACAACCUCACGGCACAGCUGCAGGGCGAUCCGGGCAGCCGUGACAUGUCGUCUGUGAGCACCAACCCCGUCCUCGAGUCCAAGGCUACUACCCUCGAGGCCGAGCUCUCGAACAUUACCGACCGCCUCACAAAACUCUGGGUCAUCCUCCCGACUCCCCGUGCCCGUGCCGAAGCAGGUCUCAUGGACCCCGGUGUCGUGUCGCCCAACUCAGUCGUCGAUUUUGCUGCCCUCCAGCGCGCAUAUGCCGGCCCGACCAACAAGGAGCGCUAUGCUGGCAUCGACGACCUGGUUUCCCGCGUGCGCGAUAUCGUCGACGACGGCCGCCUCAUGGUCGAGCGCAUGGCGCGUAUGGAGACGGAUAAGGAGCGCCACAAGGCCAAUGCGGCCAAGGCUGCCCAGCUAGUCGACCACUCGCGCGACGCUCUCGCGACAUACCAGAACCAGGUCGCCGAGCUCCAGGAGCGCAUCGAGCGGCGUGAUGCCGAGGAGGUCGGCAACACGUCGCGGAACGCAGGCUCGACUGCCGAGCUCAACCAGCUCAUUACUCAGGUCGAGACGCUGCGUAACGACCUGGACGACGCCAUGGCCCACAACAGCCGUCUCGAGGACGAGGUGUUUGCCAAGGAAGACGCGAUCAAGCGCCUCAACGACGUCAACAGUUCCUUGUCGGCGCGUACAUUGACACUCGCCGAGGAUGCCGAAAACGACAAGCGCGCACUGUCGACUCGCCUGCAGUCCCAGAUCGACGUGCUCAAGAAGCAGACGGAAGAGGCGACCCAGGCGGCCGCCAAGGCCAAGCAGGACGCCGAAGCAGAGCGCGGCGCAGGCUCCCUCCAGAUGAUGCAGCUCAUGGACGAGCUCAACUCGUUACAAGAGGAGGUGCAGAAUCUGCGCACCAAGCUGAGGGCCAAGGGUGGAUAA